AUAUUACAUUUUCUGAUAUGAUUGGCUUCCUUCGUGUUGUUUAUUUUUUUUUAAUGGAAAUACAUUCUUUUCAGAGUAGAUUUAAAGAUAUAGAUUAGGUGCCAACAAUUAGCUUUCGUUGUAAGAAUCGUAAAUUUCUGUAGUGAACUGUCACCAGAUUGAUUUUUAUUUUAGUGUUUGAGUUGAAAUAACCUAAAAAGUAUUAUAUUUCUGAUUAGAAUCUUUUAUAGAGAACAGAAACAGAAUAGUCGUAGUCACUCAACAAAUGUACACGUAGGUGGAAUAGUGUCGGAGUAACAGUAACAGAUGUAAUAAUAAUAAUAAUAUAUUCAGUAACAUAGAAUUGACAUAAAUGAAUAAUGGUUCGACAACGUAGGUCCCAAGUCAAUUCUGAAAAUAAUAGAGUCGAUAAAGGAACCAAUAGCAGUAGUAGUAAUGGAAGUAAUCCCAUAAAUACUAAAUUAAUAAAAAAUACUAGUAUAUUCAGUUACUGGAAACAAAUUAUAGUAUGUGUUGUUCUUGCUAUAGCAAUAUGCUUUGGUUAUAUGGGAUAUUUAGAAACUAGAGUGAAUACUCCAUUAGAUGAUAAAAAAGUAGUAAUUCGAAGUGGAUUAGAUGUCCCAGAUGUAUUUUGGGGUACAUACAGACCUGGUGUUUAUUUUGGUUUAAAAACUAGAGAUCCUAAUUCAUUAGUUGCUGGUCUUAUGUGGUACUUUCCUCGUAGAUUGAAACCUGGUGGUGAUGGUAUAAGACAUUGGUGCGAACAAGGCGACAAUUUGGGAAAAUAUGGUUGGUUAAAGCAUGAUGGUACUAAUUUUGGUAUACAAGAAAUUGUCGAUGGAUAUUUUAAAUUAACCACUUCCUUUGUAAAAAGACCAGGUGCUAAAGGAGGGGAAUGGACUGCAAGAAUAGCAGUGAAUACUAUGCAAGGUUAUAAAGAAUUAAAAGAGGAAGUAUCAUUGAUAUGGUACACAGCCUUAGAUGAAGAUACUAAGGGUUACAUAGAACCGACUAACUCUGCAACCAAAUUAACUGGUAUUAGAGGUCAGACAUCAACACUGGGAGAAUUUACUAUGAAGCUAACUAAUCACUCAGGUAUUUUAGAACAUGAAUCAUUUUUGAGUACUACAGCUCCUGGACUGCAUUUGUUGAAAGAAACUGUGAUAUCUUCUUUAAGGCUUGCCCAAGAUAGUCUAAAUGUUGCAAGAAAAAUUGUUCUGGCGGGAGAACUACGUCCAAUGACUGAGAAAAAAGAUCCGAAUUUUGUUGCAAUACAGUUAACAGGUAGAAUACCUUUUGUAGUUGAUGUAAUAUUCGAGACUGAAAGCUUCUCAAAUAAACAAGAGACACUGGUUGGAGAAACAUACACAAAAUCAUUAGCUUGGCAUGAGAGUCGAUUUGAUGAAAAAUUUGAAUCAAAGUUUAAACUGAGGCAUAAGGGAUUUACAGAUAAACAAAUAACUUUUGCUCAAGCCGCGUUAGGUAAUAUGAUUGGUGGAAUUGGUUACUUUUAUGGUGCCUCGGUGGUUCAGAGUGUUUAUACUAAAGAACCUGUUUCUUACUGGAGGGCCCCUCUUUACACAGCAGUUCCAUCACGGAGUUUCUUUCCUAGAGGUUUCCUUUGGGAUGAAGGAUUUCAUGGAUUAUUAAUUUCAAAAUGGGAUCUCGAUCUAGAAUUAGAUAUAAUGAGUCAUUGGUUUGAUCUAAUGAAUGUAGAGGGAUGGAUACCUAGGGAACAAAUUUUAGGAAUUGAGGCUUUGGCGAAAGUUCCAAGUGAAUUUGUUGUACAGUGGAAUACAAAUGCAAAUCCACCAACAUUUUUUUUAACAAUACAAAGUAUUUUAAAUCAAUAUGGUAGUGACCUUAAGGAUGACGAAUGGAAUUUGUUAGAACGAUUAUAUCCAAGAUUACAGGCAUGGUUCAGCUGGUUUAAUACAACACAGAAAGGUAAUCUACCUGGUUCUUAUAGAUGGCGCGGACGUGACCAGUUAGGUACACGAGAAUUAAAUCCAAAAACUCUUACUUCUGGUUUAGAUGAUUAUCCAAGAGCAUCUCAUCCCGAUGAAAAUGAAAGACAUAUAGAUUUAUAUUGCUGGAUUGCAAUUGCAGCUGAUACUAUGGCGAAAUUAUCUAAAUUAUUAGGAAGAGAUGGGUACAGAUAUGAAAGAACUGCAGAAUUUUUAAAGAAUAAUGAUUUAAUGGAUACCUUACACUGGUCAGAAUUUGCAGAAAUAUAUGCAGACUAUGGCCUCCAUACGGAUGCUGUGAAAUUAGAACGACCAAAACCACUGCCUAGAUCACAAAAUCAAAAUUUGGAAAUGUAUAGGGUCGUUUUGAAAAAACCUGAAUAUAGGUUAGUUGACUCUACUUUUGGAUAUGUUAGCUUAUUUCCAUUUUUUCUGCAGAUAUUAAAACCUGAUUCUCAAAAAUUAGAAAAAAUUUUGACAAACAUUCGUAAACCUGAACUACUGUGGACAAAUUAUGGAUUGAGGUCACUUUCAAAAUCCUCUCCUUUGUAUAUGAAACGGAAUACAGAACAUGAUCCUCCAUAUUGGAGGGGCCAAAUCUGGAUUAAUAUGAAUUUCCUAGCUACUAGAGCUUUAUUUUAUUACUCUAAUGUAGAUGGUCCGUACAAACCAUUAGCUAAAAAAAUUUAUAAAGAGCUAAGGGAUAAUUUAAUAAAUAAUGUAAUAAGCCAGUACUACAAAUCGGGUUAUAUUUGGGAGCAAUACAAUGAUAAGACUGGAGAAGGCAGUGGUUGUCGACCUUUCACAGGUUGGACUGCUUUAACACUAUUACUAAUGUCGGAAACCUAUUAAAAUGUUUGUAGUUGGAAUAAUGAAAUAUAAGUUAAUUAUUUAAAAAAAUUCUUUGGAUUAUUUUCAUAUUUUCUUAAUAUGUUGAUAACGGUACUUACAGGCAUUGUCAGACUCCCAGUUAUUGUAAUGAUUGAUCAAAUCAACCCGGUAUCUUUUACAUCUAUAGAAGCUCGAGAAUUGAUGAACCAAAUAAAAGUUAGAACAAUGUUGUCAUAUCUAGAUCUGAAAUUUCCCAUUAGAAAAUGAAGUUAGGUAAUUCAUUUUGUGUUUUAGGUAUAAAAUGUACCUAAUAACCGACUUUUUACAAAAAGAAAGUUUCAUGUUUAGUUUUUUUUUUAUUUAAUUUUUUUUAUACGUUUUUACUUUAAAGAUGUCUGAAUGAGUAGCAUUGAUGUGAUAGAGCUUUUAAGAUGCUUUGUUCAUUCUUCUGUUACAUAUGGUAUGUAUCAUUUCUCUCGUGCACGUGUUUAUAGAGGCCUGGUAGUCUGCGUACACAUGACAUUAGUGUCGACAAAGGUUAUUUGCUAUUUCUUAAUGGUUGUUUUGAUUGUUUCAUAGGUUGUGUAUUAAUUUAUAUCAAAUUAAUUAAAAUCAUAUAUAUUGAUUAUUGUAACCAUUUCCAAAAGACAAUAUACUUGCCCCUGUUUAAUGAUGAAUUCAGCACAACUGGUUCAUUCAACUCUCAACCAAUUUUAGAUGGAUCUCCAUUCAGCGUAAUAAAUAUGUAUAUAUAGAAAAUCAUCAAUAAAAAUUUAUAUUUAGUGUUACAUUA